AUGGCGAAGGCAGAGUUUGGUACUCCGAAGUACCUCUCUAAGCAGAUGAAGCUGAAGGGGUUGCAGAAACUCAAGUGGUACUGCCAAGUAUGCGAGAAGCAGUGUCGAGACGAUAAUGGGUUUAAAUGCCAUAUUAGAAGUGAAUCGCAUAUAAAGAGGAUCGCCAAUGUUGGUAAGAGUGACAUUGAAAACUACUCUAAACAGUUCCAGGAUAACUUCAUUUCACAGCUACGCAACUAUCAUGGCGAGAAGAGUAUCAAUGCUAAUAGGUUCUACAAUCAGCUGAUCCAACAGAAGGACCACGUCCAUUUGACUGCCACCAAGUGGUCUUCCUUGUCCCAAUUUGUCCAGGAUAUGGCAAGAAAGGGGAUAAUCAAAGCUGAGAUAACGGAUGAUUCGGAUCAGAGUCUUAGUGGUGUUGACAUUUCGUAUAUUAACAACUCAGGAGACGAGGCAAUGAGAAAGGCAUUGUUGAAGAAGAAAGACGAUGCCGAACGUGGCGAUGAGGCGAUGAGUUCGAUGCUAUUGCAGCAACAGAUAAAGAGGGACCAGAUUUUGCGAAAAGUUGAGACACAUGAGGAGGAAGAUAUAGAACCUGCUGCUGAACCAAGCAAACCUAUCAAGAUUACUCUUGGUGGGACGAAGAAACAUGAUUCGUCAAAUUUCAAAAAGGCCAAUGCUUUCAAAGUGUCAAAGCCCAAAAAGACGAACGUAUUCAAGUCAUGA